GGAAUUUGUAUAUCCUUUUCCCAAGAAUUUGAGAACGAUUCAAGGUUUUGAGUUUCUAUGGUUGAUCAUGACGAAAGAAUGGAAGCUGAUACAGCUGCAUUGGAUGAUUUAAAAUUAUUGAUUGAGAGUAUUAAAUACCGACACGAAGAUUUAGAAUUUCAGGAGCAAGCUCUGAAGACCAUGGCAUCUAUACUUCGGACCAGUGACAAUACAUCGAGCUUCUUGGUUCAUACGAAUGGUUUAGAACACAUCUUAAAGAUACUGAUAUCCCCUGACGACCAACCAAACUCGCUUAGAGAGGCUUCUCUACAUGCAUUGUGCGCGGCUUGUGAAAAUAAUGGUAAUAACAUAUGCUCUCCAUGUUAAACGUGCAAAUGUUUUGAGACUAAGGACAUUAUUAUGUAGUUCUUCCAUGUACCGUAUUAGCUUAGGCCUAUAAUAUUAUAAUAAUCUGAUAAUGCCUAUAUGGUUUUCCUAGGAUUAUUGAUGGUCUGGUAAUGAUAAAUAUAAAAGAUAAUAUUAGUGUCAGGGGAGGCUUUAGUUAGGGAUUGUUAAGAUCAACUUUGUUAAUAGAUUCAGAUUUUAAUAUGAAAAUUGACCCAGGGAACUAUUCGAAUCGCUCUCUUUUCUCUAAAGGGUUAGGUAAAAGAGCUUACGGGGUUAAAAUAAUUAUGAAAGCAAUGAAUUACCUAAAUUCUUUCAUAAAUUAUUGUGUAUAAAUCAGGUGAAUUAAUAUUGUGAUGGUGCUGCUCUGAGUUACAAACAGGUCAAGCUGAAAAUUACUUUGAUUGUCGAGGUUUUCAUUCAGGAAUAUUCACGUUUCAUCUCUGUUCUUGUAAUUUCAUCUAGCGUCCGACAAGUAUUGUGCACCCAAAAGAUCUUUUGUGUACUGAAGAAAUUUUUGUUGAUGAAAUCGUCGAUAAGAUUGCAAACUAUCUCUAGUUACUUACUGAUUUGUCUAAUUAAAAACAACUGUAGGCCUAAGUAGAAUGUUGAUGGUGAUUUAUGGCAACACGAAGUAGGAUCAAAUGCGGUAGAAUUUUCAUGAGUCGUAUACCAAUACUUCUUCAAUUCCUUUUUUCUAUUCCAGAGAAAGGGCAGAAUCUGGCGAGGCAGACAAAAUGCGUUGAAACAUUACGCUACCUUUUCAAUUUGGGAAAAAUUGGGCCCUUGUGGAGAGAGAAAAACGAGGUUUAAAAACAAGAGCAUCUUAUCACCGAGACACAACGAGAUCCAGGUUGUAUAUAAAGCAAAUAUGGACGGUAAAUUAGUUCAAGCGAUCAACUAUGAAGCAAGAUGAUUUUAGAAGAAAGCAAUCACUUCAUAUCUUCGUUGAUAAAUCUUCUCGAUCACCUGUUUUUCCGAAUCAUGAUCAAGGCAUGAAUGAAUUGGAUGAUGAUCAUAGAGUUAAGUUGGACAAACAUACGGCUGACAAGUAUUUCAUACUUUCAUAUACGGGAAGUGACAUUGCGAGACAGUCCUACGAGAAGGAAAACCAAGUGAUAGACGCCAGUUGACGUACUUUAAAGAUCAGUAACCUCGGAGAUUAUAUAUUCACUGGAUUCAUGUCUUUUUGAUCAAUUCUAUUUGGUGAUAAAUCUGCGCAUCGGUUCUGCUCAUAACAAAGGAGGGCCCUCUCUACAAUAAUUUGGCCUAAAUUUUGCACGUUCACAAGUUUUUCUGCACAUGCGCUUUAAUAUACGUUCAUUUAAAAGCGCAGCGAACCUAAAACAGAAUUAGCUACAUAUAACAAAGCGUACGUAUUUUAAAACAGUAUAGAUAUUCAAAAUGUUAACAAACCGUUUGUUCACGGACUUGACUUCCACUUAAGUAUUUCAAGAACAAUUGACUGUGAUUUUUUCCAGGGAUGUUCGUUCUCCAUCGCAUUUUCCACGCCUUCCGAAUAGACUAGCGGAAUACCUUUCAUCAAAUUGCCAAGAAAAUGAAUCUCUGAUGAACCUCUGGCAAACAGCGACACAUGCCUUGUCUGUUUGUGUUUAUAACCCACAAAACAGUAUGCAUUUAAUUUCUAUCGUUUUUGUUUUGCUGCGAUCUUUUGUGCAAUUUUCUUAUUUUUAUAUAUACUGCAGGUGAAUGAGCGUAUAAUUUACGCAAGUGCAAACAGGGAGACAUAUAUAACUACCUCUUGUCACGAAGAGAAAUUUUAAAGUUUUAUUCGAUGAGGAAAUCUUUUGAUGUGGAAAAUACUUCCAAUUAUCAUCGAAUGGCUGCAGUUUUAAUCAUUUUAUAACACAGUUUUUUUUUAAUUGAAGAUGACAACCAAUUUCUAUGUUCGUCAGCGUUUCCUGCUGCUGUGGCUUAUCUAAGGAAUUCCGAUUAUCCACGUAUACAAACCAGUACUCUCACAUUUCUAACAAAUUGUUUAGUAAAUAAUAGUAAGUAUAAAAAUUCAAAAUUCCUGUAGUCUGAAAUAUCAAUUGCACUUGUGAAGUCGUUGUACUUUUUUGUCUAAUUAUUCCCAAUGCUCGCCAUUUUUUAAAUAAAUCCCCCCCCCCUUUCUUCUCAAGUUGGCCUCAUAUAAAGUCAUAAUUUAAACCAAUUCAGUGUUGCCUUGAAACACGCUUUCAAUUUUCGUCUGGUAGGAGGUAUAAGGGUAUUAUAUGAUAUAUUUCGAGAAGACCUGCUUGCUGGUGGCCAAAUACCUUCCACUGUUCUUCAGGUCUUGAUAUUGACAAUAGAUGCAGCUGUGCGCGACAAUGGUACGCUGAAAUUUAUUUCAUGAAUAUACCAAUAUACUCGUCAUAUACUGCGUUGACGUAACAGUAGCUGUCAAUUACUUCAUUUCCAUAAUUUUUUUAUCAGACUGAUCAGGGGCCUAACUAGAACAACAAUUGUGUGUGUGGGGGGGUGAAUAUUCAUAUAUUGGGGAGUUUUUUGGCGGCGACUGCGGGUACGAGAUUCGUCAUUCUCGCGCUUUGUUUGCUUACGUCAUCAGCCAAAACUCGUAGUCUUCGGGUUUUUGAGUACGAGUUUGUUGGCAAAUUUCGUACUCGAAACUCAAAGCACAACGACUACAAGUUUGUGCUGAUGGCGUGAGCAUGCAAACAACGGGUGAGAGUGGCGAAUCUCGUACUUGUACUCGUAAUCACUACUAUGCUUCAUAACGAGUUAAGAUACGCCAAAUUUGCGACGCGGACAUGACAUGAAAUUGCUACUAGUGUUAAGAAAACACUAAACGCUGUAUUCAUUUGUUUCAAAUACGGCUCUCAUUUUUUUUAUCAAAACGAGUUAUGCCAGACGGAUUUUUAUUGUAAACUAUUGCACUUACAAAAGAAAUCCUUUGGGCAGAUCCGAGAUGCGAAACAGUAGACUAUCUAACGGAACCAAUAUUGUAGAAUGCCCCUUUCGGAUACUGUUGGUACUGGAUUUUUUCGGCAAGAGUACAACAAUUGCUGCUUAAGAGAAGGUGCAAUAUAUUAUUUUUUAUAUCUUGAUAGACAAGUGUCGCGACAGUAUAGCGGAAAUGGAAAUUGUUCCCCUCCUUUUGCAAUCACUUCAGCUUUGUUUUGCAUCUCCCAAGUUUAAAAUACAGUGUUUGAUAACACUCUCUGCUUGUAUUGAGGGAUGUGACUCAAGUUGCAAACAGUUUUUAACAAAUGAAGGGAUGCCUACGGUAGUGAAGGUGUUAGCCGAAAAUCAGAAUUGCAAGGAGUUACAAAAGUCCGCUUUAUGUGUUUUGCAAACGUACUUAGAGCAAACCAAAAUAACGAUUCCGGAGUGUAUGGAUGACGUCUUAAAAAAAAUACAGAUAGCGCCAGAUAACUUACUUCAAGUGGAAAAUGGAAAACAGAAUAUAGAAGGUGAAGGUGAAGUAGAUGUUACAAAUGUGGAGGAUGGGAGUAGUAAUGGUAGUGAAAGUAAUGUAGAAAACCGAGACAUAAUGCCAUCUGGACAAACUGAUAUGAUAGUUAACCGGAUUCAAGAUUUAACGAAUGAAGUCCGUUCUUUAAAAGAACUCUGUGCAUUUACAGUGGAACAAAAGUCAGUCAGUGACAAUCGAAUUGAUCGUUUAAUGGCUAUGAUGAACACUACAACGCGUUCUGGCGUGAUUUUUUCGAAUAAAGACGUUGACAGCAAUAAAGUAGAUACUUCAGUUAGCGAGACUGGUGUCACAUGUGAUGAGAUGAAAGAGAAAUUAGAUUCCACAGAUAGUAAUUCAAUAGAGGACAAUCCUUGCAAUCAGAUUGUGGGUGAAGAUAUGCAGGGCGAAAAAAUUCAGAAUGGUGAUGAUGUUGUAGGAAUGUCAGAACAAAUCGAAGCCUCCAAGACCAGUGAAUCACCUUUCCCUCACCCGAUUGGAAAUUCGAUCAAAGCAGGUCCUGUAACUGAUUCGAAUGAGCAAAUACCCAUUCACUCAAAUACGUUUGAUUGUACAAUUGACCAUAAUCAGGAUUAUCCAAAAGUGGAGGAUUUGAAAACUAACCCUGACCCAAAUUCCGAAAUUAUACCCAGUCAAAAGGGAUUGGAUGUAGAUACAAUUAGAUCUUCAUCUGACGUCUGUUCUGAAACCUGUAAUGGUGAUAGCAAUUGCGAUAAAGUUGCAAACAUUCGUUGUGGUAAAACUCCUAAAAAUCAGAAGACAGAAAUGAUCAACAGCAGAGCUAGCAAGAGGCCGUUCAUAACAACGGCCAACGAGAAAAGAAACAACGGAAAAAGUUCAAAACGACGGCUUCGACUGUCAGAAUCUGAUCAUGAAGAUUCUCCUUUCACUGGUCAAGAAAUUCUCUCUGAAUCUCCAGUUGAUAAGUCUGUCGAUUUUGAUAUACCAGUACAUGACAUGAUAUUGAAGGCACCUUUCCCACCCAAGAAAAAAAGAAAGGAGCCUUUGUUGUUUGAACACAACAAAAAAGGGAUCUGCCGUAAAUGUCUGGGAUGUCGUGUGGACUUCGCUAAAGUAAACAGCCGUAAUUAUCUAGGUAGUAUACGACGUAGCAUCAACACGUGUACUGAACAUCGUUUGUUUGUUAUGGAAGUGGUAUCUGCUCUUCAAAGAUACAAAAAAUUUAAAGAAACAAAAAAACGGUCACCAGAUUUCGACUUCGUGUCGUCUCCAAAGGUUAACGUGCGCUGUGAAGGCUUCCCCAGAGAGAUAGCAAAGAGUGUAAAACCCCAUGAUCAGAAGAACAGUUCAAGGCCCACCAAAAAACCUUUUACUGCACGCGAAAUUGAAAUUCUCAAAGAAGGCGUGGACAAAUACGGGCCGAGAUUCAGUAUCAUUGAGAGAUAUUGCGAGUUUAGUACGAGAAGGUCUGCAAAAACGUUGAAACAGAAAUACACAAGUUUAAUGCAGGCUACUUGCUAUAAGCCAAAGAAACGAUGUCCGUUCACUGUCCAAGAAGAGGAAAACCUCAAGGAAGGCGUUUCUAAAUAUGGCUUUCAAUGGAAAAAGAUUUUGAAUCAUUACAGUUUUAUGCCGCAAAAGACUCCGCAAAACCUGAAAGACAAAUGGCGAAAUAUGUUAAAAUGA